AUGAACAAAGUGGCUUGGUUUGUGCUCGUUUGGAGUCACGUCGCUUCCGCCGCCCUCCACUCUCUGUGGCACGUGUACACGGUGACCAGCAACAUUCCGCGUCUUCCGUCCAUGAUGGCGGUGGUGGUGGUGGACGGCGUGAUGACGGAAUAUUACGACAGCCGCACCAAGGUGGCCGUGGCUAAACAAAAGUGGAUGGACGCCAUCCUCCACGAAGAACCCUACUACUGGACGAAGCAGACGGCUUUCUGGGAAAGACAGGAACACUACGGAAGCAUCAACCUGCGAAUACUAAAGGAUAGAUUCAACCAAUCGGACGGCGUCCACGUGUUCCAGGUGCUGCACGGCUGCGAGUACGACGACGAGAGCCGCAUGGUUUGGGGAUUCAACCAUCACAGUUACGACGCCGACACCACACUGGUUCUGGACAUGAAGCGUCAGCAGUGGCUCUGGCUCAAGCCUCAGCUGGAGCCCACCGGACGCAAGUGGAACAACAAUGAGGGCUGGCUGGACUUCAUGGAGGGCCGCCUGCUCGGUGAAUGUCCUUACCGCCUGAACAAGACACUGGAAGCUGGGAAGAGCGUCCUACAGAGGAUACAGCGGCCCCUGGUGUCUCUACUGCAGACGCGACCAUCGGCGCCGGUCACGUGUCACGCCACGGGAUUCUACCCCGACAAAGCGGACAUAUUCUGGGCGCGCGACAGCGAGCAGCUUCACGAGCAUGUGGCGCAUGGCCAGAUACUUCCCAACCACGAUGGAACCUUCCAGGUUAGCGUCAGCCUGGAUGUGGACGCCGUGCCGCCCUCCGACUGGCGCCGCUACGAUUGCGUCUUCAGUCUCUCCGGACUACCCGGGCAGAUCAUCACCACGUUGGACGCCGCCUCCAUCAAAACAAAUUACGUGAAGCCUGUGGAUCACACCGGCGCCAUCGUGGCCACCAUCGCGUUCAUUGCCGUCACGGUCCUGUCUGUAGGCGUCGGCAUUUUUGUCUACAGGAAGAGACGGCGUGAGCACCAUAACGGCACGUUACAGCAAGCGGCUUCCCCAAGCUGCGUGUAUACCGACACCGGGGAAAAUGUCUCGCCUGCCGCUAAUGAAGAUGUCCAGUCGAGGGAGACAUCGUAAGGUCCACUUGAAGACGUGCUGUGGUCAGAUGAUAGCAGGUAUCGCCACGUCUUGACUCAAUAAAGGUUGGGAAAUGCUGUUCGUCACUUUGGGGGACAGCUCAGGACAAGCCAGGAAAGGAAACGCCAUCCCUUGGAAACUUCAGAAUAAAACUCAUGUUGAUGCUGCUGAUGACGACAAAGGCAACUAUCGUGACUGUAAGAACAACAAUGAAGAUGACCAAAAUCAUGAUGAUGAUCCCACCAAUGUGGAUAAUGUUGACAACGACAAAAAAAAAACGACGCUGAUGAUGACUUAAUGUAUCUGCAGCGAAACAUGAUUAGCUCAUCCGAAGCAAUUCGAUGACAGCCGCCCCUUCAGUCGCAACGUAGACAAAUAAUGGAACCGAGAGUCGCCGCUUGGAAUUGAAGUGGACUUCCAUGGGACAGGAGAAGUGAACCAAUCUCUUAUUUCGUCAACGGCUGCCACGGCUUCAUGUUGACUUUGAAACUUAGCUUGUAGCCGACGUGUGCACAUUUUCGAGCAGGACGUUUCUGAUCCACUGCUUAAAGGACACUUUGAUUCUCUCCUCUUUCCUCUCAAACAUGUCUUUCGGGACAUGGAAGGACACGUAACAGAUCAGACAAAACAAAAACAAAAGACAGGACUGACCACACAAGCAGGUGGUCCAGUUCAAGGGUCUUUUGGUUGGUUCAAUGAUUUUGUUGUUUACGAUGAUACUAAUGCAGUGUGUUAUACCGAAGACAAAUUCCUUGUGUGUUCUACAU